AUGUCCAUUAACGAAGAAGACUACCUUCAACUUGAAAAGGAAAUCAAGUUAGAUGACAUUGAUUUUUCUGAUUUAGAAGAAAAAUAUGAAGUUGAUAUUGGUUUAGAUAAUUAUGUUAUUGUUGAUGGUGCCCCAGUUGCUCCAGAAGCUAAAGUUCCUGUUUUAACCAAAGUUUUAAGAAAAUUAUUUUCUCAAGCAGGUGAAAUUGUUGAAGGAGAUGAUGGUAUUUACAUGCCUUUAGAAGGUGGAAAAUCAAAAGGGUACCUUUUCAUUCAAUUCAAAACUCCAGAAAUGGCUGAUAUUGCUAUCAAGAAAUUGCAUGGUAAAAAAUUGGAUCAAAACCAUAGAUUGUUAGUUAACAAGUUAUCUGAUAUGGAAAAAUUUGGUGUUGAAGGUGCUGUUUCUGAAGAAUUUGUUGAACCAGAAAUUGAACCAUUCCAAUCUCAUGGAUACUUGAAAUCUUGGUUACAAGAUGAACAAGGAAGAGAUCAAGCUGUUUUACAUUUUGGUGAAAGUGUUGGUGUUUACUGGAAUAAAAAGGCCAGUGAACCAGAACCAGUUAUUGAACCAAGAAAAGGUUUCACAUCCAAAUAUGCCAAGUUCUCUCCAAAAGGUACUUAUUUGUUUUCCAUCCAUCCUCAAGGUGUUCAAUCUUGGGGUGGUGAUGAAUUUAAGAGUAUGAAGAGAUUUUUCCAUCAACAAGUCAGAUUGAUUGAUUUUUCUCCAAAUGAAAAGUAUAUGGUUACUUUGUCACCAGUACCAAUUGCUUUGCCAGAUUCUACAACUGAACGUGCCCAAUUCCCAUUCGGUCCUGAAAGUGAAGGUCAUAAAUUGGUUAUUUGGGAUAUGCUCACUGGUGAACCAGUUAGAACUUUUGCAUUGCCACCACACUUGGAAGGUCAAAAAGAAAUGCCUUGGCCAUUAGUUAAAUGGUCCUUUGAUGAUAAAUACUGUGCUCGUCAAGGUCCAGAUGCCUUGGCUAUCUAUGAAACUCCUUCAUUCCAAUUAUUGGAAAAGAAAUUGGUUAAAAUUGAUGGUAUUCAAGAUUUCGAAUGGGCUCCAGCUGGUGUUCCUCUUCACAAUAGUAAAGCAACUGGUGGUGAACACGUGUUGAGUUAUUGGACUCCUGAAAGUACUAACCAAACCGCAAGAGUUGCCUUGAUGCAAAUUCCAUCCAGACAAAUUUUACGUACCGUCAACUUGUUCCAAGUUAGUGAUUGUAAGAUGCACUGGCAAUCUAAUGGUAAAUUGUUGUGUGUUAAAGUUGAUAGACAUACUAAAUCUGGUAAGACUGUUUUCUCUAAUUUGGAAUUCUUCAAGACUUCUGAAAGAGAUAUUCCUGUUGAAAAAUUGGAAUUGAAGGAUGUUGUUGUCAAUUUUGCUUGGGAACCAAAUUCAGAAAGAUUCAUCACCAUCAGUAGACUCGAUGAUGGUAAUCCUAACCCAGCCAUUCCUAAGAAUACCAUUUCAUUCUACGCUCAAGAAGUUACCAAAGGUAAGAAUGCAUCAUCCAAGUAUAAAGCAUACACAAAGAUUGAAAACAAGCAUUCCAACACCAUCUUCUGGUCUCCAAAGGGAAGAUAUGUUGUUGUUGCCACCAUCUCAAGAAGUUCUGGUGAACUUGAAUUUUACGAUGUUUCAUUCGAUGAUGAAAACAACAAGAAAUCUAAUCCAGCUAAUGUUAAAUUGUUGAAGACAGAAAAAUUUGCUGGUAUGACCAAUAUUUCUUGGGAUCCAUCUGGUAGAUUUGUUGCUGCAUGGUCAUCAUCAUGGUUACAUGCCAUUGACAAUGGUUAUAGACUUUAUGAAUUCACUGGUAAUAUGUUGAGAGAUGAUUCAAUUGAUCAAUUCAAAGAUUUUGUCUGGAGACCAAGACCUGAAUCAUUAUUGACCAACAGUGACAAGAAGAAGGUAAGAUCUAACUUGCGUGAAUACAGUGCCCAAUUCGAAGAAGCCGAUGCCAUGGAAGCUGAUGCUGCUGUCAGAGAAGCCAUUUUGGCUCGUAGAAAAGCCUUGGAAGAAUGGAGAGCUUACAGAGCUAAACACGUUGCUAAACAAGGUGUUAAAUCCAAUGAUGUUCAAGCCGAAAUAAUUGAAGAAAUUAAAGAAGAAAUUAUUGAAGAAAAAGAAGAAAUUGUUGAAUAA